UUCCCUCAAUCUACAAGUGAGAGACUUCACUUCGGACACGUCAGUGGUGGAUAAGGACUGGAGACUUUGAUGGAAUGUGGAUCUCUUCACAAUAACUUGAACAUAAGAAGAAAAAAUGACAUCUAGUGCGUUUAGGAAAGCGUGACUAAGUCGUGCUAGUAUUCUUGUUGAUCUGGAGCUUGUGAGAAGAUGCACAAGUUGAAUUGAUUCUAUCGGACGGUAUUUCGACCUUGUCUGGAUGUGGUCACACAGUUUUUCGGGUGAAGAUAGAGGGAAGUUUGAAAGGACAUAUAAUGAGAAUAACACACUGCUAGCGGUACUGAGGCUGCGGGCUGCAUCUGGAGCACACGCGAGGAGAGCAGACAGAGGCGCGCGCUUCUGCUGUAGACAGAUACGUGGGAAAGAGAAUAUGUAGAGCUUGCUAUUUCGAAGUAAACCAUGGUUUACCAUUGAGCUUUCUUUGAGGAUUUAAGGACAUUUACAAAAAAACGGUUGUUUAAAAGAAGUUGACAGCUCAUCUUCUAUGGAGUCCCAUUGCAAAUUUGGAGACUCGUUGUGGGACAAAAAUGGACCGCACGAACGGACUGAGCUCCAGGAUUAUCGUUGUGUUGCUCCACAGUAAGAUGUAGCCUGUUGUGUGUUCUUGGUGCUUAUGGAAACUUAAUUGCUACAUUUUCAUAAAACAUAGGCUACAGAUGCCACGUUUCAUGCGUAAAGAUACGGACGAUGUAUUUAUUUUGUUGUUAUGAUGCGUGUGCAUUUCAGUUCAACAAUAUUGCAACUGCAUGUCUACAUUUCCAUCACCGUCCAAAGCGUCAGGCAUCUUGUCCGGUGCAUGUGCCCUGCAGUUGCUUGUCCUGGAUGGAGCGUCAAUAAGGGCACGAAUAUAAUCACACGGACACGCCUCGUCAGUCAUUAAACAAAUCAGAUAAACACAGUGUUAAUAUGAUCAAUAGACUGUAUCGACGAGCCCGUAUAUAAGGCUAAUGAUUGGCCUAGCCUCUGUUUACUGAACAUGCCUGCGAGAAUAUGGUGUGAAAUUUUCAGAUGACUGCUGACAGGUCAUUGAAAUAGACAUAUGAUAAAGCAGAGUAAAAGUUUAGAUUCGUAGGUACAUCAUAUUAAACUCUUCAAUAACAGAUGGAAUAUCCAUAGUUGAAAACUGCUGCUCUGACAGUAGAAUGUCUUUGAGAAUUCAUGAACAGGGUGCAUUUUUUGGCUCAUUUAUAAAGAGUGCUUUUUGAAAUAUUUAUAGACACUAUUCUGCAGGAUGAUUGCUGUGAUGAGCAUGGUGAACCAGCCUCCAGACUUGAUGGCCCCCAGGCAAGCGGCCAAGGGUUCAUUUUCCAUCUAAUUGGCCUGAGUUCAGGUGAUUGGAAUUAUGGGGUGAUUUCUAUCUCUACAAGCUGACAGAAACAUGGAUUUGAACUUCUCCACGGUCCGCGAUAGCGAUAAUUUGCUGGAGAGAGACUCAUCCAAGCGCGUUCUGACAGGCUGCUUUCUCUUUGCGCUCAUCCUGACCACACUGCUGGGGAACACACUGGUAUGUGUUGCAGUCACCAAGUUCCGCCACCUGCGCUCAAAGGUCACCAACUUCUUUGUGAUCUCUUUGGCCAUUUCAGACCUGCUGGUGGCCAUCUUGGUGAUGCCAUGGAAGGCAGCAACGGAGAUCGUGGGCUUCUGGCCGUUCGGUGCCUUCUGUAAUGUCUGGGUGGCGUUCGACAUCAUGUGCUCAACAGCGUCCAUUUUGAACUUAUGUGUCAUCAGCGUGGACAGAUACUGGGCGAUCUCAAGCCCAUUCCGCUACGAGAGGAAGAUGACACCCAAGGUGGCGUUUAUUAUGAUCAGUGUGGCAUGGACGCUGUCUGUGCUCAUCUCUUUCAUCCCUGUGCAGUUGAACUGGCACAAGGCUGCGGUGUUGGAGCUCAACGGCACUUACGGUGAGCUGCCGCCGGACAACUGCGACUCCAGCCUUAACAGGACCUAUGCCAUCUCCUCCUCCCUCAUCAGCUUCUACAUCCCUGUGGCAAUCAUGAUCGUGACUUACACCCGGAUUUACAGAAUUGCCCAGAUACAAAUCAGGAGGAUCUCAGCACUGGAGAGGGCUGCGGAGAGUGCCAAGAACCGCCACAGCAGUAUGGGGAACAACUCCAACAUGGAGACGGAGAGCUCCUUCAAGAUGUCUUUCAAAAGAGAAACCAAAGUCCUAAAGACCCUCUCUGUCAUAAUGGGGGUGUUUGUGUGCUGCUGGCUGCCCUUCUUCAUCCUCAACUGCAUGGUACCCUUCUGUGAGCCCAACGGCCCCUCUGAUUUCCUCUGCAUCAGCCCCGGCACCUUCGACGUGUUCGUCUGGUUCGGCUGGGCCAACUCCUCACUCAACCCCAUCAUAUAUGCCUUCAACGCGGACUUCCGCAAAGCGUUCUCCAUCCUGCUGGGCUGCCACAGACUCUGCCCGGGCAGCAAUGCCAUAGAGAUAGUGAGCAUCAACAACAAUGGAUCCCAGCCGCCUGCGUCCCAGUAUCAGCCCAAAGGGCACAUUCCCAAGGAAAGCAACAAUGCCACCUAUAUGAUUCCCCACAGCAUCCUGUGUCAGGAGGAGGAGCUGCAGAAGAAGGAUGGGGUUGGGAUUAAGACCUUGGAGAAACUGUCCCCGUCCCUUUCUGGGAACUUGGGCAGCGAUGCCGAUGUGUCACUGGAAAAGAUUAAUCCUAUAACUCAGAACGGCCAACACAAAACUGUGACAUGUUGACGGGUGUAUGUAUUGGUAUUCAAACAUGAGAAGGAACCAAGAGGGAGAGACUUGGCAGUAUGCCUAGCAGAAGUGUGGUAUAUACAAACUGAGCUUCACUGCGAACCUUAAAACUCAAAUCACUAUGGAAAUCUACAGAAUGUUUCAAAUGAAGGCACUUUAUCCUGGAUAACUAUCUGCAAAACACCUUCAGCAUUUAUUAUUAAAGUAUAGACAGAUUUGUUGAUAAAUGUUCCAUAACUUGAAUAAAGUAAAACGAAAUACACACGUGUAUACAUGUGUUGUAUUUACUAAUAUGUAUACAUUUGCAUGUGUACACAGUAGUGACAAAUAUCCUGGAAGCUGUUAUAACAUGGAGAAAGAAGUAGAAAUAUUAGCAAAAUAUCUCGUAGGUAAGUGCUUUACAUCUAUAUGUACAGCGUGUUUCAUAUUCUUACAAAGAUAACUAUAAAGAUAAUUGGUUUUGAUUGUUUUUUUCGAUGUCAACAACAGUGUAUAAUUAUUUAAAAUGUUAUUUAUAAUAAUCAUCAUAAUUUAUUAGAGAGUUGAAUACACUUCUGGUUAAUGAUAACUGACUAAAAUAAUAUGGAGAGAGGCCAUAGGAUGGUGAAAAUGGUUCAAAACAACCCUCAUCAAUUCUUGCAUUUGUGUUGUUGUGAAAUUGAAGUGGUAAGCCUCAGCGUGGUAGGGUUGUGGUAAGGUAAGGUAUGGUGUAUACACAUGUAUGCAUUUGAUAGAACAGUUACGGAGGCUUUAAAUACCUUUCAUUUUCACAGAGAUACAACGUCUUAUGCCAAGUAUGUCAUAUUUCUAUAUAUUUUAGUUGCAUUCCCCUUUUGUAGUACAUGAUUUUCCCAAUUGGGAAAUGCAAAAGUGUUGAUGGAGCUCACUCUGAUUGUCACACUGGAUUUCAAAGAAUCUUCUGUCAAACCUGAUUUUAAAGAACAAACUGUCAAACCUGAUUUUAUAGAACAAAUUGUCAAACCUGAUUUUAAAGAACCAACUGUCAAACCUGAUUUUAAAGAACCAACUGUCAAACCUGAUUUUAAAGAACCAACUGUCAAACCUGAUUUUAAAGAACCAACUGUCAAACCUGAUUUUAAAGAACCAACUGUCAAACCUGAUUUUAAAGAACCAACUGUCAAACCUGAUUUUAAAGAACCAACUGUCAAACCUGAUUUAAUAGAACAAACUGUCAAAUCUGAUUUUAUAGAACAAAUUUACAAACCUGAUUUUAUAGAACAAACUGUCAAACCUGAUUUUAAAGAACCAACUGUCAAACCUGAUUUUAAAGAACCAACUGUCAAACCUGAUUUUAAAGAACAAACUGUCAAACCUGAUUUUAAAGAACCAACUGUCAAACCUGAUUGUAAAGAACAAAUUGACAAACCUGAUUUAAUAGAACAAACUGUCAAAUCUGAUUUUAUAGAACAAAUUGACAAACCUGAUUUUAUAGAACAAACUGUCAAACCUGAUUUUAACGAACCAACUGUCAAACCUGAUUUAAUAGAACAAACUGUCAAACCUGAUUUUAUAGAACAAACUGUCAAACCUGAUUUUAAAGAACAAAUUGACAAACCUGAUUUAAUAGAACAAACUGUCAAAUCUGAUUUAAAAAAAACUAACUGGCAAACCUGAUUUAAAAAAACUAACUGGCGGACCUGAUUUUAAAGAACCAACACCAUGUGUCUAACAGUCCCGUGUGAAACAGGGCCUACUUUCUAAGCCCUCCUAGCACCCAUCAUCGCAUCAGCAAGUCAAGUCAAGUCUACCAGUGUAGCUGUAGCAUAGGCAUCACCGUGGACACAGUUCUCUCCCAACUUCAUCCUCAUUACUCUCUCCCACUAGACACGUCUUCUCCUAAAAAGUGGUACCUCUUCACACUCUUAGGGCAUCAGUGAUUCUUUUGGCAAGUCAGGGCCCAUCAGACAUUUCUUCAAGUGUUUUACAAUUGGCAUCCUAUUCCCUAAAGGCUCUGGUCAAAAGUAGUGCACUAUAUUAGGACGCAACCUUCUACUGUCCUAAUGCAGAGAGCUGAUUCUGAUUCUAUUAAUGGUCAGUUUGCAUGGAAACAAUCAGCUAAGUGAGCAGCAGUAAAUGCCGUCAAUGCAUAAUUGAAAAAUGUAAUUAUUGCACCUUAUGCAAGUCAACAGCCACACAGCCAGAACACAAUUGACCUUUGGUAAACCGCUGAAAACUGAUAUUGUGAAUUGUUUUAGCUGGAGCUAUGAUGUUUUAGGGAACAGUGGGACUGUUGUUGUGCUCAUAGCAGCCAGAUUGUUAAACACCCACUGAAUGCUUUGGUCCUGUCACUCUUCUGAUCAAUUAUCUCAUUUGUAGCUGUGACUGUUGAGAUGUUUUCUAUGCAGUAUUGAAUUUGACCGAUGGCAAACAAUACGCUGUUCGUGAAAAUGAGGAGCAAUUCUAUAGAGCUAGUGUGGUUAAGGCUUUCAAUUAGUACCUGUAUGGUUUUUCAUUUCAGGAGGCAUUGCAUGACUCUACAUUGGAAUUAGGACAAUUGGAUUUUGUGGUGUGCAUUGGGUGAAGGACAUAUUUUAACACUCUUUACAAUUCCCAAUUUAUCAUAGCUCCCAUGAUGGGAAGUCUACGGCACAUGGUUUUGAUGUCAAAAUGAACUAGAGUUAAUGCAUUGUGGCUCAGUUGUUUCCAGGCCUCAACCUUGUUCUUGUAUCGACAGGUGUAAAAGCAUGGAGUUGUAUCGACAGGUGUAAAAGCAUGGAGUUGUCAUACAUCAAUGUUAAUUUAAUGGUAUUAGUCUUAAAUUGGUUCUGGGAAAUCAAAUUUGGUAAAAUGCAACAGGGAGAACGUUUUUGAAUCAGCAUGUUACUUAUGAGUUACAAAAAGAGGUUGAGAAGCCACCUAGCUCCACCCCCUUCUGUAAUCCUAUUGAGUUUUUAUGACCUCAUUUUAUUUGCCUGGCCCUGGAUUCUUAAGAGUGUAUGUCCAUCAAGUCUAGCCUUCUAUGACAAGUGCCAAAAUAUGAACUCUCUCUGAGAAGACCUCUGUCUCUGUCAUUUUGUAGAUGAAGGUGGAACGUGCCCACUGCUCAGCUCUACUCCAAUUGUCAAGGGGUGCUAGAAGCCAUCAAUACCAUAAUAAACAUGUUUUUUUUUUUUAAGUGCUGACUUGAUAUAGUAGCAUCUGAUUUUAAAAAGGUUUUUCCAAAGGCAUUAUGUCUUUGACGAAGGCAAAACAGCAGCAUCUAUGUGAAGUGAAGGUUGGCCUUUUUCCAUUUUCUACCAUAUCAGUUGUCCUAUUCCCAAAUAUUGACCAGUCUCUCUAUGAUUAACUAUAUCCUUUGCUUAUAAUUUAUUUUCUAAUUAUUUACAAACAUGAGUCUGCUCAAAUCUACGAUAAAAAAAUGAACUCUGCAUAAUCUGAGCAGCUAUGGGGAACAUUCUAGAAGACUGUCUUUGUUUGCUCAGUGCUCCUCCUGUCAGGCCCCGUCUAAUCAGUGGAGAAAGCUGUUACUCAGAGGGAUUUAGUUCAUUAGUAAACAAUCCUUCCCUGCUGUUCCCCUCUGUGGUUCUAUCACAACACGCACACCUGGGCAUACAACUAGGUAAUUGGGCCUGCGUAAAGAUGCCCUACAUAAACAAUUGUCUAUUCAUAUUUUGUUUCCAAUGAUUUUGCUGAAUGUGAAACUCAUGCUGUGAGAUGACAAUGUUUUGUAAAGUUUUAUGAGUUUCAUUUUCUUAACCAUAUGAACAAUUAUGACACUGGCAUGGCACUUUGAAGUAUCUGAGGGUUGUCCAGAGUUUUUGGUUUUAUACAUUUAUACAGAGUAAUAUUCAUUUUGGUUUCAGAUGGUUUAACUAUCUUGCUUGUUGCUAUAUCUGUAUAAUUCCUGAGAUAGAUUUAAGCCGCCAAAUUUACCAGUCAUGUUUAACUCUGCUCACCACAGUUUGCUGGCACUUUAUGAAUUGGGCAUUACAUUGCAAAAUUACAAAAGCAGAAUGCCUUGUUUGCUCAAAUGUCUUUCCUAGGGGUGCCCCACAGGUUAUGAGAAACAAGUGUGUUGUUCUGUCUAGAUGUUUGUUGUGACAUCACAUGUAACAGUGCUUUUGUUAACCUAGCUGACAGCAAAGCAUUCCUCUGCAUCAAAUGACAAAUAGGAAUAUAUAACUGUCUCCUUGUAUGACAUUAAACAACAUCCUUUUUGGAUGGGUCCAACUGCAAGGGUAUUGUUCUCCAGCUCAUUUUGUUAAGAUUAUUUAUUUAUGAUGGCACCCCUACCUCGACAUUCAACAGCAAACCUUCAUGUAAACAUAAAAUGGAAAACAGUAUUGUAUAAUGUUCAAAUCUAGAUGUGAACACAAGUGCUUUUAAAAAAAAAAUCUUAGAAUCCUUAAAUGUGAGUAGAAAACUGUUUGUGCUGUUUUUCAGUGUGGAUUUAUUGAAAAGUCCAGGCACUCGUCAGUCAGAUGAAAUAAUGUGCUGCAGUUGUCAAGAAGGUGUUGAAGAAAAACAAUCCUCAAAUGUAUUACAGUACCUAGUUUACAGUUUGUACAAUAUGUGCCCUUACUACAUGUAGAAUAAACGUGUAUGUUC